AUGGGUAGACCAUCAAUGGUAGGUGGAAGACCUUCAGAAGCUGCAGGCGAAGAUGACGCAGGUGGUGGACAUGAGGUUGGGCCCGUCGCUGCCCACCCUCGCUGCUGUCCCGCGCCCACCCACCCUCGCUGCUGCCUCGCGCCCGCCCACCCUUGUCGCUGCAUCGCACCGCUGCCGCCUCGGUGCUUUCCUCCUCCGCGCAGUCGCCACUCUGCCUGCCGCCUCGGCGCUUUCCCACGGCUCAAAAACCCUAGCCGUCGUUCUGCCUGCGACGGCCGUUUUCGCCGCUCUGCCUGCAAUCGCGCUAGGCGCUGUGCCCAGCCAAAUCUUCUAUGCUCAAGCCCCUGCCUCUCUCAAUCUCUCUCGCCUCCGGCCUUUCUCUGUCGUCCGACGGUCCAUGUUGCCCCUGCUUCCUCUGUACGUCGACUAUGGCGCCCACUGCUGCAAGCACCCGGUGAUUGUGCCUCCGUCGACCGACCUUCCACCUCCUUCGGCCUCUGUCUCAAUUGGGUGACUCCGCAGCAGAAGCAAUUGACAACAGCAGAUGAAGCCUCAGGACACGGUGGCAGGAGGAAUGUAUUAUUCAACAAAAAGGCAGCAGUUUUUGAUCGAUCAAGGUCAUUUUAUCUUCUCUGUGUGUUUAGGAGAGUUGGAGGUGGAAUUUACACCAAAGCUGCUGAUGUACGUGCUGAUCUUGUUGGAAAGGUUGAAAGAAACAUCCCUGAAGAUGACCCCAGAAAUCCGGUUGUAAGAUAUCUGCUAUGCUUUUUGGUUGAUAUCUCUGUUUUGAAGUUAAUUCUAGUCACAUUUUGCAGGUCAUUGCUGACAAUGUUGGUGAUAAUGUCGGAGAUAUUGCUGGAAUGGGAUCUGAUCUUUUUGGUUCAUAUGCUGAAUCCUCUUGUGCUGCUCUUGUUAUCUGCAGUUUUAGCAGCAGCCGGAUUAAUUGCUUGUCAUGCCUCAAAAAGGUUCCCUGAUGAACAGUGGGAGAAGUAUGCAGUUGUAACUCUCAUGGAUUGCCGGUCUGCUCUUGAUCCCGUGCUUAGCAGCCAUCAUAUCUCUGCUUCACUGAUUAAGAAUGAUUUUUGAAGUGCGUUUUCAAAGUCCACUGUUUUGAAGAUUUUUGAGCUAUUCUGAUGAGAUACCAUUUAAAGUUGGUGCUCCUGGUGCUUUCUCAGACCCAACAUCAGGUGACAAGAUGGCGCUAGAUCAAUUCAUCUCAUUGUGGAUUCAAGAAGAUACAAGUGCUCUAUCUAGCAUGCCUUUGAGUAAGAUACAAGAAGAAUUUGUGAAUCAUUUGCAUACUUGAUAUUAAUGUUCAAGUUCCCAGGCCAAUCAUUAGCUAUAAGGUAGUUGGUAUUUUCAAUUUUGAAUCGGAAUAUGCAAUGAUGAUGUAUACUUGAUAUUUGGUUCAUUUGUAUAAUAAUGUAUGAAUUUUUUGGAUGAUAUAUAAUAUUGUUAUCGUUGAUUUUA